CAAAGCCUCGUGCUAUUAAGCGUAUACACAUACACAAAUAGCAGAGGCUUCAUGGAGUGAUAAGAAAUGGCGUCAGAAGUGGGAAAACGUGAUGCAUUCGUAGUCCUCUCCUCUUUUCAUCACUCGCCACUUUAAAACACAAGAUACUACACAUUCGGGUACAAUGUCGGCGGUAAGGUUAUUGUACACGUCCUGUGUCAUCGUUUUUGGGCUAAUAGUGGUGUGCAGUCAACGUAUAAAGCAAGACGCCUUUCAGAGCACUCUGGGCCACAUAAGACCUCAGACCUCGCCGGAAGUGCAAAUAAAGGCAGCCGAAGGCGUCGCCCAAAGACUAUUAGGCACGGAACGAGCCAAUUUGUUCGUAAUGAUCGUGGAUCCUGAUCUUGGACCCAUUGGAAAGGACACUUUCACAAUAAGAAAAACUCCACUCGACCAAAUUGAGAUCGUCGGUACCUCCGGUGUGACGGUUGCAUGGGGCUUGCAUUAUUACCUGAAGAACUACUGCAACGUUCACGUAUCGUGGGAGGGAAGCCAGCUCGAACUCCCAAACACACUGCCAGACGUUCGCGUAAAUGUCACCUCGAACGACAGGUUCAGAUACUAUCAAAACGUAUGCACCAUGGGAUACAGCUCUGCAUGGUGGCAGUGGGAUCAGUGGGAAAGGAAUAUCGACUGGAUGGCCCUUAAUGGGAUUAAUUUGGCGCUUGCAUUCAAUGGCCAAGAGGCUAUUUGGCGAAAAGUGUACCUGAAGAUGAAUUUGACCCUACACGAGAUCAACGAACAUUUCGGGGGACCUGCUUUCUUACCUUGGAUUAGAAUGGGCAACAUUCGUGGAUUGGGUGGUAUUCUAAGCUCAAACUGGCACGAGAGAUCGCUCCGUUUGCAGCAUCGAAUCCUCCAAAGGAUGAGGGAUCUUGGAAUCAUUCCUGUCCUACCAGCGUUCGCAGGACACGUGCCAAGAGCAAUCUCCAGGCUAUUUCCUACGGCAAACAUAACUAAAACAGACCCCUGGAACCAUUUCUCGGACAAGUAUUGUUGUCCCUCUCUCCUGGAGCCUACGGAUCCACUGUUUCAGGUGAUCGGCGAGAAGUUUUUGAAAACGUAUAUUGCGGAGUUUGGAACCGAUCAUGUCUACAAUUGCGACACUUUCAACGAAAACGAACCGUACAACACUGAGCUGAAAUAUCUGAGGAACAUGGGGCGUUCGGUUUUCUCAGCCAUGAACAGCGUUGAUCCAGAAGCAGUAUGGAUAAUGCAAGGCUGGCUAUUCGUCCAUAGCAUGACAUUCUGGACCGAGCCUAGAGUAAAGGCAUUUCUGUCAUCAGUUCCACUUGGGAAGAUGAUAGUCUUGGACCUGCAGUCCGAACAGUUUCCUCAGUACAACAGAUUUAAAUCUUACUAUGGCCAUGCGUUCAUUUGGUGCAUGUUGCACAACUUUGGCGGAACGCUCGGCAUGUUUGGUUCUGCUCAAAUUAUCAACCAUCGUGUUUUUGAAGCAAGAAACAUGAACGACAGCACGAUGGUGGGAACGGGCCUAACGCCUGAAGGCAUAAACCAGAACUACGUCAUCUAUGAUUUGAUGAAUGAAAUGGCCUAUCGUCAGAAACGCGUGAAUUUGGACAAUUGGUUCGAAAAUUACGCCAGUCGCAGAUACGGGGCAUGGAACGAGUACACAACGAAGGCUUGGAAGAGUUUGAGAAGAACGAUCUACAACUUCAAUGGAACAGGAAGAGUGAGAGGACGUUACGUGAUUACUCUACGUCCAAGUUUGAAAUUGACGCCAUGGGCUUGGUACGAUCGUGCCUCGUUUUUCGACGCGUGGUACGUAUUUCUGCAAGCAAGGCACGGACGAAGGAAUAGCACCCUUUAUCAACAUGACGUCGUUGAUCUGACUAGGCAAGCUCUUCAGCUGAAGGCGGAUGAUCUUUACGUCCAUUUGACAGACGCUUUUAAAAAUACAAACAUCACUGAGUUCAAAUCAAACGCUAAUGCGCUUAUAGAGCUCUUCGACGAUUUGGAGUCGAUACUGGCCUCUGGAAGAGCCUUCCUGUUGGGCACGUGGUUGGAGGAAGCGAAAAAUAUAACGACUAACAAAGCAGAGAAACAAUUAUACGAAUACAACGCCAGAAAUCAGAUUACUUUGUGGGGGCCGCGUGGAGAAAUAAGGGACUACGCGAACAAACAAUGGUCCGGCGUCAUUAUGGAUUAUUUCAAGCCACGUUGGGUUAUCUUUCUCACCGCACUCGAAACUUCCCUCGUCAAAAAGACGAAACUGAACGUCACGGAAAUUAACGAGAACAUAUUCGAAAUGGUCGAGAAACCAUUCACAUUUUCCCGGAAAAUUUAUGCGACAGAACCGAAGGGAGACUGUAUCGAGAUAGCUAUGAAAAUUUUGGCAAAGUGGUACAGACCAUCGAAACAACACAAACGAUCCUCCUUCAGAAUCAAGAACCUAAAUGAAAGGAAGUAACAGAUUUUUCGAAACAUUUGUAAAAAAAAUAUUUUACUACGAGAAUAAAUCAAGUAAACACGAAAACAUGUAGAGGAUUUAUUAAAACACAAUGAAAUAUUGUAAACGUCAUUAUUACUG